GUGUCCAUGCCUGUGCCAAGAAAGGCCGGUGUGUUUUCAUUGAAUUUUCAGUGAUCGUCGGAGACUCGGAGAAACGUUUUGUUAUGGCUAAUGUUCCAGCACAAAUGGAUCCUCAUCUUCAGGGACUUAGCUACUCUAAUGAGGGUUACCUUUUUCUGUGUGCAUCAGACCUAAUCGGUAGAUACUGGAGUGGGACAUUGUGCUUGUUCAGAGACGGUUGUGCAGCACCGGACAUCACACAGUGUUUGACAGGUUGUCAGACUGAAGGUGGACUGAAUGACGUCCGGUGGAUCACGAACCACAAAGCAGCCGUAGCUUCAGAUUCCGGUGGGCUGGAGGUGUGGGAAGUGAACGAGGCCAGGGAUGAGAUGCGACAGAUCUCGUACAACUACGCGCACGAUGACGCUGCCAACAGUUUGGACCUGACGUGCGAUUCUCACGCAAAAGCCGUGACGGCUGGUUCUGACGGCAGAGUUUUCUUGUGGGAUCUGGAAACCAACACCCACAUACAAGGUUACAGAGGUCACACAGAUAUUAUUUGGAAUGCAGCGUGUCACUCAGUGGAAUCUAACUCAUUUGUAUCUUGCUCAAAGGAUGGAUCUGUUCUCACCUGGGAUCUCCGACAAGCCACGCCAGCGAGCGUACUCAAGGUCUUGUCGCCAAAGCCGUCCUGUGUGGCAUGGCAACCAGGUGGCAUAAACAUUUGCGUAGGAACGGAGACCGGCGGACUGUUACUCCUUGAUGGCAGACAGGGGGCAGUGCUGAUGCAGUCCCAACCACAUUCCAGAUUUAUUCACCAGCUUGCAUUCUGCCCCAACGAUUCUACACUGGUGGCAUCUGUAUCCAAUGACUGCUCUGUGAUUGUAACAAAGAUUAGCACCACUAUACAAGCAAUUUAUGCGAACAAGGAGCACAUGGACUUUGUACGAGGAUUAUGCUGGCAACCGGAUAGCACUAAUAUGCUUACUACCUGUGGUUGGGACACAAAAGUACUCGCCCAUACAUUACCUUCACACGAUGAGAGCAGUACUCCCAUUGUCAUGGAGUUAGGGAGCAAGUCACCUAUACUAAAAGACCAGUUCUCCAAUUGCCAUGAAAGUAGAGAGCAACUCACUGAUACCAAAGGAAAAACAAUUAUUGAUUAGCACACAACAGCUUGUCUUGAUCUCCUACCACAGGUCAGAUUCACCAAGAGAUAUAUGACACACUACUUAUGGGCAUACAGCAAUUCAUAAAGCAAACUUGGGUACUAUUUACUGAAUAAAAUGUUUUGACAGUCUGUUUAUUGUCAAACAUAGCUACAUUUAGACAUAACCUGCCAAUGAUUUGUGAAUGGGACCCGGCUGUAUGUUUGAUAGCUCGAAAAGUAUAUUAUUGAGUAACUCUCUUGCCUGAGUUUUGCUUAGAAUCUGCUUAUAUGUCCAUGUGUACCUGCCAUAUUUGAAUUGAUAUUGUUUAUAUGACUGAAAGUAAUGGUUUUGAAAGGUGGCUGUAAGAGGAUUUAAUGUUCAUUUAUAAAAGAAAAUUCAUCACUAUCCUCCAGGUGGCAGCACUGUACUGUCAUUCAUCACCAACGUUAUGACAACUAGAGGUACUAGUAAAAUAACCGCGCACAUUAAAGGUGUCUUCCCCCCUUAAAAUGAUCAUGUCUGAAGAUCGGAAUUUCUCAGAAUUGCGUUUACUGUCAGUGUUAUACUUUAAAUUUAUAACUAUGAGAACAAAUGUUAUAAAUGGCAUUUUGCAUUUUGCAUUCCUUAUCAAGACCAUAUGACAUCAACAAAGAUUGCCAACAGGUUGCCAUCAUAAACUGAAAACAGAGGCGUGUUCAACAGAGCGAACGCUCACAGCGAACGCUCGCAGCACAAACGCAGCGCCUCUUGAACGACACAC